AAAAAUAUGGUCUCGAUGGUAAAGCUGAUAUGCCUAUGAGCAAAUUAUGGAAGUAUUAUUCGGAAGCAAGGGAUGGGACUUCUGACUCUUCUGUCAAAAAUAUGCACGAAAUCGUAAAUUAUUGCGUUAUAGAUGCUCUACGUUGUCAGGAGCUCAUGGUGAAAGAGAAUAUCAUAAAGGAUUAUGGGGAAGUCGCUUCAAUCGUUUAUAUAUCAUUAUUUGACUCACAUUAUUAUGCCAUAGGAAAAAAAGUGUCUAAUCUCUUAAGCGCUGAAGCGUGGGCCCAAGAUAUUCUAUUCAGCAUGAAAAUUUCUGACCAGAAAACAUCUGGGAAGUUUCCAGGAGCGUAUGUGUUCCCGCCGGAGAAAGGUCUUGAAAAUAAGCGCCCUGUCACAGGUUUAGACUUCGCUUCCUUGUACCCUAGCAUAAUUAUGACUUACAAUCUCUCACCUGAGAAGAUGGUCUCAACACUUUCAGAAGCAGAUGAGUUAAAGAGAGAGAAUAGAAUGCUCCACAGUAUCGAGUUUAAAUAUAACCGCAAACCUGUGCGAGCUUGGACUAUACGGCAUGGAAAUAAAUCUGAUGAGAAAGGUCUAUUUCCAAAAAUAUUGGAAAGGUUGCUUAAUAUGCGAAAUGAAAUGAAGGCUCGCCUAAAACCUAUCGGAAAGAAAAAGGAGUAUAUGGGGUUGGUUAUAAGUAGAAUGGGUUCGGUCAACACUAGCGAAUCUUUCUCAAUGGCGGGCGUAAUCGAAGACGUUUUAUUCUCAGCAAAAGAUACGAAGCGUGCCGAAAUGGCCAAAAUAUUGGAUCCUUUUAUUAAUGUAGAUUACUCUACUUUUAUAAAAGAAUAUAGUUACGUCUGCUUCGAUUACAAUUCUUUGAAUUCGAAGCAGAAAGCCGUUAAAUUGUAUAUGAAUUCGUUCUAUGGUGUGACAGGCCAAAGUGACUCCCCGUUCUACAAACUUGAACUCGCCGGGGGUGUUACUUCGGCUGGGCGAGAAAAUAUCAAACUCAUUGCAGAAUUCGUGAAAAAGAAAGGUUUUGGGAUAAAAUAUGGUGAUACUAAUUCCCUAUAUCUCACUUGCCCAGAUUCCUAUUAUGAAAAAUGCGAUCUAACUUACGAUGCUGGGAAAGGCAUAAUCUCAAAACUAGAGUAUUGGACCGAAAUGGUCAAAAUUACUAUGGGGAUAAUGGAUAAAUUGCGCAAUGAAGUAAACAACUUUCUUAGGUUAAAAACCAGAUCGGAUUAUCUCAAAAUGGCUUAUGAAGAAGUACUAUUUCCGGUAGUGUUUACUGGAAAGAAAAAAUAUUUUGGCAUCUCCCAUGAAGAUACCCCAAACUUCAAACCGAAAGAGCUUUUUAUAAGAGGAAUCGAUACUGUGAAACAGGGUAAAUCCCAAGUUUUCAAAACCAUAGGGGAUAGGAUUAUGUGGAGGGCUAUGGAUAUUAACAAUGACCGAUUACUCCAUGAAAUUGUUGAGGACGUUCUCAGGGAUGCCAUAACCAAUCCCAAACAAUGGGAUUUUGAGCAGUUUAUAGAGACCGAUGCAUGGAAACCUGAUGUAGACAACAAAGCUGUUCAGCUAACUCAUCCAGACACGACCUUUGAUUUACAUGGCAGAAAGUUAAAUCCAACUAAAGGCGAGAAAAUGGAAUUUGUGGACGUAGCUAAGGAAUUGGGUAAGGAGUUAGAUUUAUAUCAUUAUUACGAAAAAACUAUCAUUGGUCUCUGUGCCCGAUUUAUCAUGUACGACAAGAAAUACGAGCCCAUUUCUACAAGCAGAAUCAUGCAAAUCAAAGAUCCAGACGAAAAAUACAUGCAGAUUGAUAAUUACGCUCAAAAACAGGCUAAGUCGUGGCUUGAGGGCUUUGUAAAAGAGAAUAUCGUGGUGAAUGGCAUUACUUAUGAGAUGAUGAAAUCUCGUGGGAUUGCUUAUAAGCGUGCUUACAGAAGUGCGGUCAAAAAAGCGCAAGAAACAUUAUAUCAAAAGAUAGGCGGUUUAUACGAAAUAUUCCAUGGUGAAUGGUUUAACUACGAGGUUUUUAUGGCAAGUAAUCCUCUAGAGAUAUUAUGGGAGAGAUUCAUGAAAUGCGCAAGAAAACUUACAAAAGAUAAAAACCUCUCGGUAGAUGACGAAAUGAAGGAAAAAAUAUGCUCUGAUUUUGCUCGAUAUCCUAACGAGCUUGUAAAAUGUAUGGAAGAAUAUAAUUUAUUCUUUCACAAAUUGGUCUAUCAUAUGCGUUAUAAAGAGCAUGUAUCAAUUCCAGAAGAAAUCGGCCCAGUUUCAUCCAUGCGAAAAAAUGAGAUAAUUGCUGACCUACCCGCCUUACCUCACAUAUCAGAAAUUGAGCAAUAUCCAAUAUUAACAGCAUUUUUAAACAUAAGCUUUAUUGGUAUAAUGGCUGAACUACGUGACCAAGUUUCCCAAUACAUAGGCUUCGAAUCAAAUGAAAUUCGUCUCCCGAUCACAGAAGAGGAUAGGUGGCUAUUUAGUAAGAUAAUAUCAGAUCAGGAAGGAAUGGCAGAUAUCGUAAUGGGUGACUAUCAAUUUUUACAACAUCAUGGGCAUAAUGGUAAGGGAGGUGACCGGAUUCAUAUUGGAUGGUUAUUUGCAUGUACGAUGGCCCAAGCUAAAAAAGUCUUGAUAAAUCCGCCCGAGCGCCAAGCCGAAAGAGAUUUAUCAGAAACGGUAUUAACCCAUAUCCAAAAAAGAUUCAGAGAAGUCCCAUUAGCGCCAGUACUUAUACGGUAG